GAACCCAAGUAUAAACCCAAGUUGCCUCUAUUCAUCGGGCAAGGUGGUAGGGCUGGAUGCUCGAAACCUUAUCUCAUGCCACGAGAUGAGUGGGAGGAUGUCAUGUUCUAUAUCUUGCACAACAUCAAGGAAGUUGAGGAUGAGUGGAUGAGUCGAUUCGUUGAAGAAGAAUGGACGGGAAUGCUGCCUCCUACUGAAGCGGAGGCACUUGCUCUUCUCCGAAAGGGUGCUGAUGGAAGGAAAAAUUUCGUUGCGUGGUUCAUGGAGAAAGUAAUUUUUCACACUUUCAAUUAAACUCAUGCACCCUAUAAUUUCAAUUAAACUCAUGCACCCUAUAAUUUCAAUUAAACUUGUAGGGAAAUGAUCCGACCGAAUCAAUGGAUGAAGAAUUGAGAUGGGUUUCCAUGGGUUUUGACCCUGUCGUCAUGACAUGCGAAAAGUAUGAUGUGAAUGGGUAUCGCUUCCAUACAGAGGAGCACCAGAACAGUCGGCCUGAUCCCAAAACCAUAAAUACCGGAGUCUUCACUGAAGGAGAUAAUAAAGUAGAUUACUACGGAAGGGUAGGAAAAAUAUACGAGCUUACAUUCAAACGUGGCCGCGAACACCUAAGUCUCACUGUGUUCAAAUGCCGAUGGUUCGACCCCAAAAAGGGUCUGAGACAUACGCCUUCUGUUGGUUUAGUUGAAGUUAAACCAUCAACCGUCUAUGCCGGAGCUGAUCUCUUUAUCGCUGCUACCCAGGCCACACAAGUAUAUUAUCUGCCUUACCCAUGCCAGAAAGAGUACCUAAAGGGUUGGGAAGUUGUGUUCAAGGUGUCGCCGCAUGGUAAGCUACCGGACCCGAACGAUGAUGAUUACUACAACAUAAACCCCAUGACAUACGAGGGAGUGUUCUAUCAAGAGGAACAUGAUGACGUGGUCCGAAACAACGAGGAUGAUGACUUGGGUUAUGUUGACCUGGACCCAAACGACGACGACGCACGGAUUGAUGGUGAGGCAGUUGUGAAUCAAAGAGACAUAAUUAUGCUUGAAAAGUUAAAUGAAGACGCUGACGAUGAGGAAGAGCCUCCACCUCCGUCAGACAACGAAGAAGAUAUGCGUGAUAGUGAUGAUGAGACCGGUCCACAAAUAGAUUACAAUAGUGAUGAUUCAUAUGGGUUCUAGAAAAUGUAAGUUCUUUUAAUGAUCAUUACAAUAGUAUGCUUAAUGUGCUCUUCUGGUAUUAAUGUUUUUCCUGUAUGCUUGUU